AUGAUAUGUCGAUGCAGGUAUGCGCUAGCUGCAGCGCUUCAUGCAGAUCAGUUCAAGCGAGAGGUUGGGUCCGUCCGAGCAGAAAGCGAGACGGAAAGGGCUGCACUGUUUGCGGCUGCUGCGAUGGGCAAAAAGUGGUCAAGAGCUUACCGGUGGGCAGCCUUGCAAGCCACCAGGGCACCGGAGAGCUCUGGCUGGCUGUCAGAAAUGAUGGUAGCCUAG